ACUAAACAUUGAGAACUCUUUUCUGUUUCAAUUUUUAAAUUUAGGGAGAAAACAAAUAAGAUGUCAAGCAGUAUUCUAAACUUGUAUUGUGUAAUAAUCAAUUGAUCCUCUGCUUUCUUUUAGCUUUUGUGGUGGAUUUUUUUUUACUCCUGUGCAGAAACUUAUUAAACAUUAUAAGCUGAUCUGAAACAAAAACAGAAAAUGCUAGAAACAUGCAGAAGAUCGGGCAGCAUCUGUGGAAAGAGAAACAGAGUUAUCAUUCAGGUUGAAGACCUUUCAUCAGAACUGGGCGAGAGAGGAAACAAGUUGGCUUUAAGUUGCAGAGAGGAUGGGGGAGGACCAGGUGAAGCUGAACUUUGAAGUAACAAAAUGAAUUCGGCUUGGAAACCAUGCCCUUUCGACAGAAAACCCCAAAACAGUCUUGCUGCAAAAGGUUUCCGUAGUGUGAGACCAAAAUUCCUUGCAUCUGUCAGGAAACCAACACUCCAGCAUUCAGAUCUAAAUGUGAAGGAUGACAUUACAAGAGCAAAAGAUAUCCUCUCUUCAGAUUUGCCAAACCAAGAAGCACCUUUAAUGGGAUCUCAGUCAAAUGUCUCACAUGCCAAUGAAGCAGCUAAACUGUCCAAGACCCUCAAUCCUAAUCACAGUGUCCCACAUGGAAUAGGAAUAGAAAAUCAGAAAUCUUCUUCCACCAGCAUGUGUAAAGACCAGAGCAAUGCAAGAAUGGAUAACUUCGCACCUUCAGAUGAUCCAAGGGAGCAUUCUGAUACUGAAACUGACCUCGAGGAUAAAGAAGUCAAUUCAUCGGAUUCAGAAAUGGACUUCGAUCCAGUGUAUAAAGCCAGACUGCAAUCUGCUAGUCAAAAGAUGAACACUGCCAUUGUAUUGUCUGCUACUUCUGCGAUGACUUCAGAAAAGAGAUUCUCACCUUUAAUGACAAAAAAAGUUCCAGCCAAAGAUGGGCCAAAGACUUGGUACAAUUCAAUACUUAAAGAUGAUCACAGCAUACCAAAGGCAGAUAAUUAUGGAUUGUCUUCUAAUAUCGAUGCGAAAAACAUCAAGUGGGAGUCUAAUCCAAAAAAACAGCCAUCUUCCAGCUCUGCCACGGUUAAUAUGUCAAGAUUGCAAUUAACAGAACCAGUAUCCUACAAUCCAACAACAGAAGACAACUACACAAUAAAAUGGCCAUAUUUGUUCAAACCACAUCAGAAUUCUGAUAAUGAAAAGCAAAACGGUAGCGCUCAAUCACAGUAUCCAGAGCCUAAAACAGAUCGAAGUGGUUCCAACCCCUUAUCAGCCAAUCCUUGUGAUAGCCAAAUCUACACCUCUUCUGGUGAUUGUCAGCAUACAAGGCCUAUGGAAAUAUUGUCAAAUUCACUGUCAGCAAAAGAAUUUCAUUCACAUUUUUCUACCACAGCCAAUCCAGAAGAGAACAACUGGUCACCUGCAAAUGGCAAAAUUGAUACCUCCAGCUAUCAUGUUGAACCAGGGAAUGCAUUUGUCUAUGAGCCUGGAAAGUCAGCUGUUUCAGAUUAUGGCCUCCAAAAAUCUAGACAAAAUAGAACAUCAGGGGAUACAUUUCUAUAUAAGACUCGAUCACUCCCGGCAGUGGAAACAGCAUCCAGUCAGCUGACCAGCAAAGAUCCUGUACAGCACAAUGGCUCAGGCACAGAUCCAGACCAAUGCUUGGAAAUCAGACAUGACUCAACUAAUCUACUUUCUGCACACACUGAAAAUGAUGCCAAUCUGAGCUGUCAGUCCCAAAAGCAAAAACUGCAAGAGGAGAUACCUGAUCCAAAACAGCAACUGAAAACGGGGUGGCUUGUAAGAGCAAAAUAUGACUUCCAUGGUCAAACAUCAAUAGAAUUGCCUGUCAAAAAGGGAGACAUCAUCUUCAUCCACAGACAGAGGGAUGACAACUGGUAUGAAGGCAAAUGCAAUAGAAAGAGUGGCUUACUCCCAAUUUGCUAUGUUGAGCCCACUUCCGAGCUUCAACCACACAAAGAUACAAUCGACGAAAUAGCAAUUGCCAAAUUCAGAUUUACUGCACUGACAAACAUAGAGUUACCACUUGAAAAGAAUCAGACAGUAGUUUUGCUCCGGAGAAUAGAUGAGAACUGGUAUGAAGGAAAAUACCCUGGGACAAAUCGUAAAGGGAUAUUUCCUGUCACAUAUGUUGAAGUCAUUGGAAAACCAUCAGAUCCCAUCUGCCACCAGGAACUUACAAUAUCUGCAAGUGAUUUGAAAAUAGAAACAGCUUCCCAGAGAUCUUUACAUCAGCUUCAUCAAAGAAGUGUGAAUUAUGAGAACAUUCAGCAUGGUGAAGAAAUAUAUUCUGCUUUGUAUUCCUUUGCUCCCAACAAGGAUGAUGAACUGGAGCUCAGACAAGGAGACGUCGUCAGUGUUAUUAACAAAUGGGAUGAUGGUUGGUACUUGGGUACAUCCAUAAGAACCAAAAAGUUUGGCACUUUCCCAGGAAAUUAUGUGCAAAAAUUUGAGUCUGUUUAAUUAUCAUUGGUCAAUUUAUUUGCUGAAAAUGCUCUAAAGUGGUCAGAAAAUGGACAGAAUGUCCAGUCUGUAAAUAAAAUCAAAAUGCUGAUGGUAAAAUUCAAUUGAUCAGAAAUUUUCUGAAAUGUUUUUGGUUAAGUAUUGUACUAUUUUAUCACAAGGAUAUUGGUGCACAACUGAUUUAAGUUGAUAUUACUCAAAACCAUUACCAUGCAAACAAUUUCUAAGAUCAUUUACACCACUCUCAUGUUAUGUUUGUCAAAACUUUAACAGCCACUAAAAUAACCUCAUCCACAGACAAAUAAAUCAGGAUUGCAAGCUUAUUUCAAUUUCCCAUGUUUUUAGUAGGUGUAAGUUUACAAUAUAUAAUUUUAGAAGUAGUUGGAACUGAAAUUUCACUUUCCAGUGUUUG